CGCGAGACUUGUCUAGGCCGCAACGGUUGGAAGUUGGCGCCUGCGCAGUGCUGCCCUUGGCUGAGGGAAGGAGAAGGCGAGAUGUGGUACGAGAUCCUUCCGAGCCUGGGCGUGAUGUACGUCUGCCUCAACAUCCCGGGCAUCUCCACCAUGAUCAUCCAGAAGUACACCAACGGAAACAAGGAGAAGCGCAUUGCCCGGACCACCUACCAGUGGCACCUGAUGGAAAGAGACAGGCGGGUUUCUGGAACUGACCGCUACUUCGAGUCCAAGGGCUUGGAGAAUAUUGAUUAAAAACUAUGGAUCUUGGACUAUUAUUGAUCAAAUCAGCCUGAUAAACAUGGAUGUUACUGAAGUAUAUCAACCAUGCACUUGAGGAAUGGAAGAUAAAGGGAGGCUGCUAAUGAUCAACAUUGAAAUGUAUCAUAAUAAAUAUUAAUAAAUAAUAAUAAUAAUAAUAAUAAUAAUAAAA